CAGCAGCAGCAGCAGCAGCAGCGGCUGGUCGUGCGUCGAGCCCGAAAUAUUGUCGCAACUGACAUCGGUCCCGUCAAUCUGCCCAGCUAUGUGCGUGACGAUGCCAUGAAGGUGCUUGACGAGGGCUCCGAUGCCGAUGACCAUGAUAUCAUUCCGUCUCUGCCGGAAAGCCCUGGCGUCUCUGCUGCGGACAGGCAAGUGUAG